CUUCCCGACCGUCCAGGCAUCAUGUCCCGCUCGGAGGAGGUGAACCGGCUGACCGAAAACGUCUAUCGGGUGAUUCUGGACCAGUUCAACCCAAGUUUAAGGAAUUUUGUUACCAUGGGGAAAAGUUAUCAAAAAGCCCUCUCAGGGGUUACUGUUGCUGCCAAAGGCUACUUUGAUGCCUUGGUGAAACUUGGUGAGUUGGCCAGUGACAGCCAAGGAUCCAAAGAGCUGGGUGAUACCUUGUUCCAAAUGGCUGAAGUCCACAGGCAGAUGCAAGUACAGUUAGAGGAGACGCUGAAAUUUUUCCACUCUGAGAUGCUAUCCCAACUGGAACACAAACUGGAGCUGGAUAUCAAGUAUCUGAUGGCUACUCUGAAGAAAUACCAAGCAGAGCAUCGUGCCAAAGCCGAAUCAAUCGAAAAGUAUCAGUCUGAGCUGAAGAAACUGCGCAAGAAGUGCCAGAACAGUAAAAACCCAAUGAAAUAUGGGGAUCGUGAAGUGCAGUAUGUGGAAAUCAUGAGCACCAAGCAGAGCGAGCUGGAUUGGUUUGUGGCGGAAGGCUACAAAGCAGCCCUGACGGAGGAACGGCGCCGGUACUCAUUCCUGGUGGACCGCCAGUGUGCUAUUUCCAAGCACUUCAGCAAUUAUCACAGCAAGGUGCAGGAGCUGUUGGCAGCCAGACUGCCUGCCUGGCAAACAUCGUGCACCCAACCUACCCGUUUACCUGAGCGGGCAUUGGCUUUGGUCAAGCUCACAGCCAACAACACCACAGCUGGCAUUUCUGUUCCAGCCAUGGAUCCCCUCCUUGUCUCCAAGACCCUGGAAGAGCCUUUUGAAUUGGGACAAAAUCGCCGGACUUCAAUCCAGGAAGGAACAUUGCUGCUAAAUGGUGAUUUGCACCGUGGACGGGGAUCCCGUGACUUCAAUCACCUGCCAGUCAGUGAGUCCCUCACCACCAUCACCUCAGGUCUGACCCCCAUCCAGCCCACUUCACAAAUCAAGAUUGCUGACAGCUACUCUUGCACUCUGCCAAUGCCACGCAAGAUGUCAAUGGAAACUCGCCUGGCAACUGUAGUAGAGAACAAGACCCUGCCCCGCAUUAAUCCUCUUUCAAUCCUGCCUCCACGUUCCGAACGUCCGAGAGUCCAGGCAAUGUUCUCACAUUCGGCCGGAGAGAACAGCACCCUUCUCAACUUCCAAGAAGGAGACAUCAUCCUUUUAUUGGUGACUGAGGCGAAGGACGGCUGGCAUUAUGGGGAAAACGAGGCAACCAGAAUGAAAGGUUGGUUUCCAUUUUCCUACACCCGACCCUUUCCCUCAGCUGAAGGAGCUAACAAACUACUUAGCAGUGGCUUCCUUUUUAGCAAGUUGAACAGUAGCAGCACAGGAAAUUUGGAUCGAGCUGUAUCUCCAACUGCUGAACCUGAUGGGGAAGAUGAUUUACGGUUUGGCCCUUCAGCCCGUAUCAGUAUGUCUCGACAACGACCUUACAGCAUGCUAAAUCCUGACCUGUCACAAUUGGCAAAUGAGUUUGGAAGUCCAUCUGCCUCUCCUUCAAGGAUCAAUCCUUUUGCUCAUGUUAAGCUGAAACGUACGGUGACCAAUGACCGCUCAGCCCCACUCAUCCAGUGAAACGUGCAAUGUUAAAUGGAGAGAGCCCACUGCCCUGCUUUU